AUGUCACAAAGUCGUCUCUCUGACUACCGAUUCACCAGAUAUUCAGAAAUCGGCAGCACUUGCAGCGAUCAAACAAAGCAGUCUUCGAACAUUAGUAACUCGUCAGCAUUCGAUUAUCGAAGUUACCAGCCACUGUCUUCUAUUACCGAACGCUGUCAUCAAUCUCAGAAACAAAUUGGCAAUAGUAAUAACAACACUGAGUAUGCUAACUCUAGUGUUCUUGUCGCUGCAUCUACUGGUGGUAAUCCUUUCGGUUCCGAAACUUUCCCGUCGCCUCCUUCUCCUGCGCCAGUCAGCGAUCGGUUUAUUCCUCCACCACCGCUUUCACCCAGUGCCAGUGAAAAAUAUGCAUCCUCACAAUCUUUGGCUAACUAUCCCACUAUUCCAUCUCCAAUAUCUUCCAAGGAACAACGAUUCGCCUCGGCUGAGCGAUUACUGGCUACUGCCACUUCGUCAUCGACGGUAUCCAUCGCACAAUCAUCAGUCGUGGAAGCCAAGGAUCAACAACAAUACUCUAUUUCUUCAACCGAGCGACUACUCUCUUCGGCAUCGCCGGUAUUGGAUGUAUUGUCAGCCACAGAGCGAUGCGUCUAUGGCUCGUCCAGCCUUAAGGACAUCUCUGGAUCCUCCUCUACUGCUCAUUACGAUAGCUGUUCAACCGAAAGGUUACUCUCAUCCUCGCCGAUACAUGUACCUGUACCAGAGAGAUUUUCCAGUGCUGGAAGUAAGUCCAACGAGCAUGGCAGUUACCAAGACCAUGAAAUAUUGGUGCAACAUCAACAGCAGCAACAACAACAGCAACAAUACCACCAUAAUCGUUUUGGCAAUAUUGCAUGUACCACAGAGAAAUUCCUUUCGAGUCCGUUAAAUAUGGAAGCGCAGCAUCAACGUUACUCUUCCAAUGAAAGGAUAUUGGCGACCUCAAUUAGCUCCACAAAUGGGAAUGGUGAUCAUGUCAAUAGAAAAUACUCGACAGAUAGAAAUGUCGAAACCACGAGCCAAAAGUAUGCGGAUACUAGAACGUCGGCCUUGCAAGUACCUACGGAAUUUUCUGUCCGAUUUCCGGUAUAUCAGGAUAAUGCUGGUAGUGGCUUAGCUACUCAACGAUACACCAAUAUAGGUGAUCGAUUCAAUAACUUAGUCGCAGAAAGAUACUCUCAAACCAGGCCAACCGAUAGGUUCUCUAGUGGUAGUGAACGAUAUUUGCCAAGUAAUUCCAAUGCAAAUCAUGAUGUCAGGCAAACCGGUGGUGAUCUAAUCAGAUACUCAUCCAGCUCAUUGUCGUCUCCGUUAUUAUUGACCGACGCAGCAAGUCGUGGUUCACAUCAUCAACUUCAUAAUUUAAGCAGUAACAAUAUAAAUACACAAUCAACGGGCAUUAGCGAGCAAACGCGAUAUACGACACUUUCACCCACACCUGAUAGCACGAAUUCAGUAGAUCAGACAGCUAGCUGCUACUCUCAGCAGUCUUCCAAACAAUCUGCGGCAGAUAAGUACCAUCACCAAUUAUCCAAAUCGACACAAAGCUACCCUGCCGCUGGUUCCGAAUGCGGAAACUACACUUCUGUGUCCUCGACUCAAGCGGAUCGUUAUGAUAUCGACAAAUUCAACGUUAGCAAUGUAAUUGGCGAUGCACGGUUUCAAGCUGCAAGUUCUAAUAAUAGAUACCACUGUACAACGACUGAACGUUUCCCGACAACUUGUAAUACUUCGGACAAAUAUUUGUCUUUACCAAAGUCAAAGGAUCGAUAUAGCGUAGGUGGAUGCAUUACGAGUUCUUGUGUAUCAAUUUUAUCAGGAUCCACAGAACAAAACCGCGCGUCUAAUAAUAGUUACAUCCCUCCUACGGCCCAUACCCCAGUAGAAAGAUAUGUUCCACAACCACCAGUAGAGGUGCUCUACCCUGACAGAUACAUUGAUCGGUAUGUACCAUCUGGAACAUCUGCCGAUCGUUACGUGUUAGCGACAGAUCCUGGAGAUUCGUAUAUACGCCGGGAUUUGGGAUUUCACAAUCACUAUCGACUACCACUACCUGCCGGCUAUCCUUAUCCCCAUCAUAGUCAUUUUCGAUUUCGUGGCUUUGCCUAUCAAUCACCUGGUCACAUUGGUGGCUCACCCAGUUCUAGCAGUUCCAGCAGCUCAACUUCCACGCAAAGAGAUUGUUUCUCUACCUCACCUUUAAUGAGAUUUAAGUUGCGUACAAGUUCUGGUGAUUUUAAGAGAACCGCCAAUGCAAUUAAUACGCCACGACACAUGAACAAACAACAAUUACAAAAACCACAGCAGCAACCAGCGUGUUGCAUCGAUGCGUCACCUGGACAAAGAGCAACGUGUUGUCAAUCGGUUCGACGUUCCAUACCGCUAGGACCACUACUUUCCAUUCCACAACAGGCGAGCCAUCCAACUUGGUAA